CUCUAACUUCAAUGGGAUCUAAAAAUUCAAAAGAAAUAAGUAACAAAUGAUAAAUAACCAUAGAUUCGAAUGAUGCAGCAUAAAUAGGUGAAAAAAAAGAGAAGAAAUAGGUUGAAGUUCAAUCGAAUGAGAAAUCUCAUUAAAAGAAUCAGAAUUAGAAAAUGCAAUUAUAAAUCAAUUAAGAAUAAUAAAGGAUUCAAAUCACUAAGUUAGAAAUGGAGCAGCUUCAAUAACAUGAAUUAACAUUCUAUAAAGGAGAUUUUGAAAAUUAAAAUGUCGCUCAAUAAGAUCAGUCAACAGUUCUCAAUAAUAUUGUUAUAAGCUAAGUAAAAGAAUAAGGAUUAGGAUCAUGUUUAGAUGCUAAUGUUGAUAUUCAUGAUGAUCAAUGGAUGGAUGUAAAUGGAUGUAGAAACAAACUGAGAAAUGAUAGAAAUAUAAAAAUAGAAGAGCAUGAUCCUAUAAUUGUGGCUAUAUUGGAUGAUUUGAAAUGUAAAACAUCUGUUCAUCAUCCAUUUGAGAAUUAAGCAAAACCAUAUCUUGGUACUUAAAUUUUGAUUUCUGAUCGAAUAAUAGCUGGAUUUUGGAAUAAGUUAGGACCAUAUAAAGUGAUUAAUUGCAACUUUAAGCCAUUUGAACUAUAAGAGAAUUAGAUAUAUUAUGGAGAAUGGUUUUAAUAAAAAAGAAAUGGGUUUGGAUUUUUGAUUUGUGAAGAUUUUAUAUAUGAAGGAUAUUGGUUUAAUGAUGUUUAUCAUGGUGAAGGAAGGAUUAUUAGAAAGGAUGGAAAUAUAUAUAUUGGUGAGUUCAAAAAUGGAUAAUUUAGUGGUGAAGGUUUUUUCCUUAACAGUGAAUAAAUAGUCUAUGAAGGAGAAUGGGAAAAUGGACAAAAAAACGGUAUUGGUAAAGAAUAGAUGCCUGAUGGAUCAGUAUUCAUCGGUUAGUUUCAAAAUAAUUAACGAAAUGGUUAGGGAAAGUUGUUUAAUAACAAGGAAUAGUUUUUUUUUGAGGGAUUAUGGGUAAAUGGAAAGGCUAUAGAAGAGGGGAAAGUAAUUUGGCAGGAUGGUAGAAAAUUUGAAGGAAAAUGGUGCAAUGGAAUGAUGCAUGGACAUGGUGUAUUUAUAUGGCCAGGAGGAAAGAAAUACAUAGGAAAUUAUGUGAACAAUGUAAGAGAUGGAUAUGGAGAAUAUUAUUAUCCUGAUGGAAAGAUUUAUAAAGGAAUGUGGAAGAAAGGUUUGAUGCAUGGUUAAGGAAUAAUAAUCUAUCCUAAUAAUUCCCAUGAAAAGGGUCAGUGGAAGUAAGGAAAGAGAGUUAUUAUUUAAGAAUAAAAAAACAAAGAAAAAUCUUAAAAGAAGCAAGAAAAUAAAACUAUCUUGCCUCUUUGA